AAAAAAAAAAAAAAAAAGAAUUUUUUUCUGCCACCUGAGAUUUAUUUCCUCGGGACGUAGGAAGUCCCAUAGUUUACUAAAUAGCGAGCGUGGGAUCGCGGGCAAAAUGGUAAUUUUCAAUCGGUACUUCUAGCUGCUUAUAAGCAUGCGGAUGGUAAGAAAAUAGAUGGUCGCAGAGUGUUGGUGGACGUCGAACGAGCUAGAACUGUGAAGGGAUGGCUUCCGCGGAGGCUCGGCGGCGGUCUCGGUGGAACGCGAAGAGGCGGUCCCGACGUAAACAUUAAACACUCUGGUCGGGAAGAUAAUGAAAGAGAACGCGAACGGUAUCGUUUGGAACGAGAGAGGGAGAAUUCUGGACGCCUUGAUAGAGACAGGGAUCGCGAUCGCUUGGAUAGAGAGCGUAGAAGGUCCCGCGAUCGUAAAAGAAGAUCAAGAAGCAGAUCGCGCGAUCGGAAACGUAGACGAAGCCGCGAUCGUUUAGCCGAUCCGGACAUCGAAGAGAUCCAAAGAGACGAACGACCGCGCGACAGGAGGGAUCGCGAUCGUGAUCGCGACCGCGACCGCGACCGUAAGAGAAGACGUUCCAGGAGUAACGAUCGUGAUCGUGACAGGGACCGUAAGAGAGACAAGCGCGAUCGUGAUCGCGAACGUAGAGAUAGGAAAGAUCGGGGUGAUCGUCAAGACGAGGACACGAAAGAAAUUCGAAUCAAGGAGGAACCUUUGGAUGAUUACCCUGACUAUAGUAACACGUUCUCAACGUCUGGAUCGUACUUCACCGCCGUGAAAUACGAAGACGAUAACGAUCAAGAAGUUGAAGAGAAAUACAGAAUUCCAGAAGGUCGUCCAGAUCCCCCUCCCUACAAUAACUAUGAUUCCGUGCAAGACUAUUGAUCUCGAUGAUAUCUCUUGUAUUGUUCUUUUUCGUUCCCGUGCACGAUAACUUAACGCAAUUGCCAAUAAUGUAUUGUAUUUCCUACCGUUGUUAGCGUAACACUGAAUUGUCCACGUUGAGUAUGUAGUUUCUGUAGAAUCUGCAGCGACCAGAUGCUCAAUAAGGACUACUACUGCAAGGUAAGCAGAUUUCGAUUAAUGAUUUAUAUGCAGUUAUUUUUAUCUUCAUUGGUUCGGAAUUUUAUAUAAUCGCGAUUGACACGGAGGUAAAUCUGACGAGUCAGUCUAGGGCGCGUUCAUGAAAUUCGAUUACUGUAGCAGUUUGUGUGUGUGUGGUGUGUGUGCGUGUGUAUGUGUGUGUGUAAAACCUCGCAAUAUAAAACUGGUAGGUCAACAUUGAAUUUUUUUUUGUUUUUUGCGCCUAUUACAAUUUCAACAUUCAAUUUAAAUAUGUACAUACACAAAUACAUAUGGGAUAUAUGAAGUUAGUUCUUUCACGACUGCUACAUGUAUAUUUAUAUAUGUAUAAAUAAAUAAAGUAAAUUAAACACCUCACGUUUGUCAGUUACU